UCGCUGCUGGCGAUCCCAUCGCCCCUCCUGGAUCCUCCGGACAUCUCUGGAGGCCUCCCUGGCAGUCGAUACUGGACUCUCGGACCCGAAUCUGUCGCCUUCCCCCCAGGAACCCUGUCCUCCACUCUGACCAACCCUGCGGUGAACGUGGUCGAUCUCUAUCCGUCUACCGGCUUCUCUCGUGAUACCACCGCCGCCAUGGCUGCCCUUGCGAUCCCCCCGCCCGGCAUGGGCCCCUCCUCCCUCGAGGCGCUGACGGCCCCUCAGCCGCUGAACACCCGUCGUCCGGGCGCUCCCCCUCUCCCCAGCAUGGAGUUGCCCACCCCGAAUUUCGCCGCUGCGCUGAAGUACGCUCACCUCCCAAAUCCCUCCGCCCUCAACCCCAGCGUCAGCAACCUGUUGACCCCGCCCGCGACGAGUCAAUCGGGCGAAACCACUCCCGUCACCACGGCACAGCAGACCAGCGCGGCCGGCGUUCCGUCGGUGCCCGCCACUCCGGACCUGGGUCCGUUCUGGUCGAGCCAGAGCUCAUAUGGCAGUGCGUCGGGGGCAGCGGCCGCGCGACAGUCGUGGGCAUCGAGCUUGAGUCCCUACGCCAGUCGCGACACGUUCUCGCCGCCCGGAAGCAAUGCGAUCAGCCGCAACCCCGUCCCGUCGUCUUCGGGCGCCGACCCGAUCCCCCAGGGCUAUGAGAUGAACCAGCUCCCUCCCUUCCAACAGUCAAUCCCUGUCUCUGCGGCGGGGGUGGCACCCGGCGCCACGCCGCAGCAGCCACCGCACGCGCUGACGCAUGCCGUGUUAUCUGCGCAGCACGGGCUCCCUAACCCCAUCCCUUCCCCACAUCCCCUCCCGUCGAACGAUCCCUACAUGGUCAAGUCGUCGUCCGCCCCCGCCUAUAGCACGGUGCAGCAACUGGCCAGUCCGCCAGGGAGCUAUUCUCCGUACGGACCCACCGGGCUGAGCAUGCACCCCCCUGGCCGAGUCGCGUCGAAUCCGCACCCGUCGCAUCACCUGAACUACCAACGGCAGCCGUGGCCAUCGUAUUCGAUCCCCGCCUCGAAUGGACCGGUGUGGACGAAUGUACACAAUCCCAACGGACACAUGUCACUGACGGGGAAUCCACCGAUGAUGCCUCUGAACUUCAACAGCGGGACCGAGGCCUACAUGCAGCGGAUGUACGGCGGACACCACCCCCAUCCCGGCCACGGCGGGCCAGGACAGACCAACGACCGACCGUUCAAGUGCGACCAGUGCCCGCAGAGUUUCAACCGCAACCAUGACCUGAAACGACAUAAGCGGAUCCAUCUAUCUGUCAAGCCAUUCCCUUGCAACCACUGUGACAAGAGUUUCUCGCGCAAGGACGCGCUGAAGCGACAUAUGCUUGUCAAGGGGUGUGGGAAGGACGGGGUGGGGGCGGGGGCUGAGCCUGGUGCGGCGCGGCCGACGGUCAAGGAGGAGGACCGCAGCGACGAUUCGAAUGGACAAGCCUGA